UGUGUUUUUUUAAAAAAUUUUUUAAUAAUCUGUGUUAAGUGAUCCUGAGUAUGCAUGUUUUCUCAAGUGCCUUGCUGGAUCAGACCAAGAUCGCCCUACUCUACAUUCUGUGCAAGACUUCAGCAGCCACUUAGUAGACUACUAGAAAUUGGCCAGUGGUUUACUAGUGGACUAUAGUCUAAAUUAUUUCCAUUGUUGUAGUAGAGGAAGAGAACUUUUCAUUGGGCCUCUAUCAUGUUCUUGACUAACAGGCUAUGAGAAACUUAUGCAAAGGCCUCAGUUAAGGGGUUGAAGUGGUACUGAACUUGAGAAAUGUGGGAAGGACUUCUGUCGUGUUGUUUCUUAUUUGUUUUGCCACCUAGAAAGGGCUUAUUGGGAGACUUAAGUUGCCCAGAGACAAAUGUGGAGGAAAGGGGCAUUGCAAGAAUAUUUCUCCAAAACAUCUUCUAAGUUCUUGCAUUGUAGGGCUCUCUGCUGGAACUUCUCAAUGGAGUGUAAAAUUUAGGAACAGAUUAGAUAGUUCUUAAGAUUUCAUAGACUUAAUCAGUUUUUGUAUAUGUAGGAGGGAACUGCAGACUUCAGUGCAUCUUGUAUCCAUUAACAAACCCAGCUAGCAGAGAGUUCAGGGUCUUCCAGGGAAAAACAGCACCUUCCUGGAUCACCUGUUGGAGCUAUUUUUACUUAAGGAUGUCAGAAAUCUGAGUUCAAAAGCUGGAAAGUGAAUGGCCAGAGGCAUACAGCUGGCUAGCUGGAGAGGCAAGAAUGUGGUGUGCACUUGCCCAAAGAUUCAGAGGUUUCAUGGACAAAUAAAAUGAUAGAUCAUAUGGACUGAGGAGAUGGCGGCAAAAAAGCUUCUGAGAGAAUAUGGAUCAGAUUGAAAUCUUUUCCAACAAGACUCUGCUGAACUGCACAAUGGGUCAGGAAGCCGGGAAACCCACGUGGCCAAAACCAGCAGGAGGAUAUCAGACUAUUACUGGUCGAAGGUACGGAAGAAGACAUGCCUAUGUGAGUUUUAGACCAUCUCUGACAAAUCUGGAGAGAAACUCAAGCCACCAUGAUGGAGAGUGUGAAGGACUAGAGCUAGAUGAUGUUCAAAAAGAAAAUUCUUUGUGUUCCAGUCCAUUGGCUCAAGUAUGUUCUGCUUUGGCAGAUAUCCCAUUAUCAGCAACUGUUGGAUCAGAAGGUCCUCUUGCUCAAGCUGAAUUGAGCCAAUCACUCAAAACAGAUACUACUUCAUGUUCUCCAGGAUCUUACAAUUUGGGAGACAACUCAGCUGUGGGUAGUGAUGUGAAUUCAGAUGACAUUUUGGAUGAUUGUACACAUUAUGAUUCUGCAGAGCAUAGCAACAUGAUUGGCCAGAAUGGAAUUGCUUUUGUAAACAUUGACUCUUAUGAACCUGAUAGUAGUGAUGGAGAAGAAGAGGGUGGCCAAACUGAUCUGUCCUUAGCAAAAGAAGAAGCAGGAAUAUUUCAAGAGACGCUAGAAAGUGUGCUUUCUGAGUUGGAGAAAGAAGUAGAUUCCUUCAGUGAUCUGCAGUCACAUUUGUCCAAAUUCAGUCAUAAUGCUUCAAGCAACAGCUUUGAAGACCUAAGGCCAGUGCCUUUCAAGAGACAUUCUAGCACAGAAUCGGAUACUGCUCACCAAACUAAGGCACUUCUGAAAGCACCCGGUGAAGAUGACUCACUAAUAAAAAAUAACUUUAGCACCAUUUGUGACCUAGAACAGCAAAAAAAUACAGCUGAUCCGACAAUUAGGACACCAGUAGGGUUUUAUAAUGACUUGAGUACUAAUCAUGGGAAGGUGGACCAAGGGAAUUCAUCUGAACUGGUAGUAAGACCUAAAGUUAGAAAACAAAAUUCUGUGAAUCACUUGGAUAAGAAGCAGUCUCUUCCAAAUGAUGAGGAAGAAAAAAGCAGUACAAGAAGAUGGAGUGAGAAUGUGGAUGUCCAGCAACAUAGUACAGAGCGUGUCUUGAAACACAACAAAGAAAAAAUCAAUUCUAGUAUGUUUUUUGACCCAAGAGAUUAUGAAGGUGUUCAAAAGAAAACAAAAAGUGAACUAAGAAAACAGAAUAUAACUCUCCAAGACAGCAAAAGUAAAGUAGAUGAUAAUGCUUUCUGGGAUGAAUUUGAAGACUGUAGGAGGAAUCUGUCUAGCUCCAACAAAGAUGAAGACAGCUCAGAAUGCAGUGAUGGUGAAUGGUCUGCCUCUCUGCCAUCCUAUUUUGCUGUGACCACGAAAGAUCAGUCUUCCAGUGAUGAGAGCUGGGAGACACUUCCAGGAAAAGAGGAGCAGGAGCCUGAGGUGCAGAGUGACAGCAGUGGUGUGGAAGAGGAACAUAAUGAGUUUGGUUUCCAAACAGGGGAACAGGCCUCUUUGGAGGAUGGUGAAAUUCCUUGGUUGCAGUAUCAUGAAGAAAUUGAAAGCAGCAGUGAUGAAGAAAAUGAUCAAGUCAGCCAUUUUGUACAUCCUGGCUUUUUCAUGUUGGAUGGCAACAACAAUCUAGAAGAUGAUUCCAGUAUGAGUGAGGACUUAGAUGUGGAAUGGAGGCUUCUUGAUGAAUUUGGUGAUGGUCUUGGUGUUGCUCAAGCCAUUUCUUAUGUGGAUCCACAAUUCCUGACAUAUAUGGCCCUUGAAGAACGCUUGGCACAAGCUAUGGAGGUAACAAGCAUGUUCAUGGAAAUGACUUAUCAGCGUCUACAGACUGCUCUAGCACAUCUGGAGUCUCUUGCAAUUGAUGUUGAACAGGCUCAUCCACCAGCUAGUAAAGAGAGUAUAGACUGUCUGCCACAAAUUAUUAUAACAGAAGAUCACAAUGCUGUAGGUCAGGAACAGUGUUGCGCUAUCUGUUGCAGUGAGUACAUCAAGGAAGAAAUUGUAACGGAGCUUCCAUGUCAUCACUUUUUUCAUAAACCUUGUAUAACACUUUGGUUACAAAAGUCAGGAACGUGUCCUGUAUGCCGUCAUGUGCUUGCACCUGUGCUUCCAGAAACAGCCACCCCUACAGUCACCUUUCUGCCUGAUCAUGAUUCUACUCCUUCAGUCCGCAGUACUUCAGGAACACAGUAAAAUUAACAUAUAAAAAGAGAGUUUGCCCAUCAGAUUUUACUGUAAAUUUUUCUUGUUUAAUUACAAUGUGAAAUUGGUUUAUAUGUAAGUAUAUAUAUUUAAAAACACACUUUAAAGUAUAUAUGAGUUUAGAAAGAAUGUAUGAGCUUUCUAAACAAUUUAGGUUUACUGAGAGAGUUAAAAUAAUCAGAUUAAAAGGUGUAUAAGAUAGCACCACUCUUCUUCAGUAAACGUUGUCGUUAACUAAUGUCGAAUGCUUAUAUUAAAUUUGUUUGAAGGAAUUAUCAUUAAUGUGGCACUUGUGUUCAAUGCAACUGCAGUGCAGUUGGAGCUUACAGAAGUUAUGCAUAUAACCUGUUUUGCAUUAUAUAAUAUUUGAAGCUUGAGUUGUUUUGUUUCAAAAUAGUGCCACUUAAUUACUUUGUACAUAGCUCUUUCAUAUUUGCAUCAAAUGUGAAGAUGUCAUGUGAUCACAGCAGUAGAAUACUUUGGUUUCACUGGAAAUAAAUGGCACAAUCAAACCA